AUGUGUAUGAUGGGUACGCUGGGAGGAGUCGACCGUCCUUCUACUUUCAAAGCGCUUGAGAGAAGAAAGGAAGACCCCAAAAGCGCUCCCAGUGCAACCAUAGGCAAGCCGCUUCCUGCAAAGACCGCAGAUGAGACCGAAGAUGAGACCCCCAAGAAAAGCGCAACGCCUACUGUAAAGCCAAGUGAUUCAAGGAAGACUACCCAAGAACCCAAGAAGACCUCUGCGGAGCCAGAGACGUCAGCCCCUCCCAAGACCUCUGCAGCUACAAAAACGACGUCGGCAGCCACUACCAGAAAGGAGAGCGCGAAACCGACCUCACGUACACCCUCACCUACUGAAUCGACAAAGAAGGCCGCCUCAAGUUCAGAGUCAUCCGUUUUCGCGACAUCGAUGACCUCGCCUUCAGCUUUUAUUCCUGCAUCCUCGGCAUCCUCGACGUCCUUGUUGACAUCUACAGACGUACCUCAACCGACCCCUAUUCUUGCGCAACAACCCCAAGCAGCGAAUCGCGUAAGCGUAGGAGGGAUUGUUGCAGGAGUAAUACUUGGUGCUGCAGUACUCAUUGGGAUGGCAUGGAUCGCGGUUGCCAAAUGGCGAGAGAACAGACGACAUCGCGCUCACUUCGGAGACGACGAAGCCAAACACGGCUUGAGCGCCGCAGGAGCAGACGACCACUACUCGUCCAGUCAUGAUUCCCUUCUAGCUGGAGGGAAGCUGGUGAGAGAUUCAGACGGCCUCAGGUUACAAUCGCUUUCAUCACCAAGAGUGGGAGCGCAAAGCUUCGUCUCUUCAUACCACAGCCCCACAUCACAAGUACCGCAGGAUGUACUACCGACUAUCAGUCCUAUUGAAGCUAAGAGCCUGCCAGGCCUACCAACCUCUGAGCAUCAAUUUUCAACUGCGCUUGGCAGCCAUCCAAUUAUUGCCGGGAUGCCCUCUCCACGCAUUGGCAUGCUUCCAGCCGGUCAGCAGGCAGGCGGGUCAGCCGCCAGGAAACCAUUACCGCAGAUCAAUGUUUCAAGUCCGGUGCAUGACCAGCGACAUCCAUCACUGAGCCAGCAGAGUCCAGCGGUAGAACUCCCAUGA